AUGUCUGAGGUGGAGAUUAAUGGUCAUAAUGAGGGGGUAGAUUUGGACCUCACUCUUACAAAGGCCGCGCUCAUUUCCUCUUCCACAAACCUACGAUUGGGCCAGUUGAAAUUGAUCGAGGAAAGACUCUCAAAGAAAGAGCUUGAUUCAAAACUCUUCCCCGCUCUACUGCAACUUUUAUUUUCCUCAUAUCCAUAUUAUUCCGACAGAGAUUCGCGACUUGCGGUUCAAAUUUGCAUACGACAUAUAUUCAAUUCCGAUUGCGCAUUUGAUUUACUCUCAAAAUUUAUAAAUGACUUAGACGCUGAAACGAAGAAGGGUGGGCUGGCUCCAAGCAAUGCGUUUGUGCUGGUUGAAUAUUGUAGUGCGAUAUUGCAGGUGACAACUAGUGAAGCCAGAUGGAAGAGCUGGGGUCUAGUCGUUGUGGUUAGUAAUGCGCAAGCACUUGAGCUAUGUAUUACAUCGAAGCAUAGAGCUUCGGCACUCAAGGCUACAUGGCGGGGUUUACGGAAAGCUUUUCAAAGCGAUAUUUUCGAAACUGCAAUCGGGGACAGUGUCCAAAAAUUGAGUUCCAAAGGAGCCCAACCCUCCUUUAAGAAUGCUGUGAUGCUAGGGACAAUUUCAGGGGUAUGUGCCAGGAAACCACAUGCAAAACUGGUUCUGGAAAGCAAUAGAGCUCUAAUAUACAGCUUUUAUACGCGCGAAAUUAUAACCUCCAGGACUCCACUACCUCCACAUAUUGCCAGUGCUUUGAGAGACUUCUUUGUGGACUUUACCACCCAGGAAGAUUUCGAGCAAGAGAUAGUACCAUCCCUUGAGAAAGCGCUGCUGAGGGCUCCUGAAAUCGUGCUAAACGACCUUGUCACACCACUCUUCCAGUCUCUACCUAGCUCAGUAGAUCUCUCCAAUGUUUUCCGAACUAAGCUUUUGAAACCUAUCCUGUCUAAUAUCAAAUCCACCAAUCUCACAAUUCGCCAGGGAGCGCUGUCUGCAUUCAGAGCGAUUGUACCCAAGUGUCAUGAUGAAAGUUCCAUUGCUCAAGUGUCAGAAGAGAUAUUGGCGCCACUAAAAGGGGGCAAAAUAUCUGCGGCAGAUCAGAGAGCCAACUAUGCAGAAAUGCUUGCAAUUUUACCCGUCUCCAAGUCAAAUGCAUCGAUUGCCAUUGGACUUGCGGCGAUCGCAGGAAAAGAAGCAAACGAAGCUUCAUUAUCAGCAGAGACAUUCGCCUUAUUGCACUACCUCAAAACGAAAGUACAGAACGAAAUUCCGUUGGACAGCUCCAUCAUUAACACCUUCACGAAAGGCGUGUCCGAUAAAAAGGUCUCUGUAAAGAAACUAUGGACGAUCCGCCUUGGAGAAUUGCUGUGGGAUAUAGAAGAAUCUGAGCUUUCUGAAUCAAAACAAUUGGCAGAAGAGACUGUCACAGCAUUGGUAGACACAUGGCAAGAAGUUACAGCAAACUCCAUACCUGCAGCUCAAUCUGGCCUUGUCACUGCAGCCUAUGUUCUUACAGCAAUCUCGCAGACAAAAUUGGGUGUUAUUUCAGGCGCAAAAAUUGACACAGCACUCAAAAAGGCUCAAGUAUCACAUCAAUCCCUAUCUAUGGAACCUAAGCCAUCGUUCUUACUGAAUCCUCGCAUUUACUGCAAGCUUUCCAGUCACGAUGAUUUCAUGUGGUUUGUGAGAGCUUUGUUUGCCUACCCGGGCCAGCUUGCUUCGCUCGAUCCGACAUCCCUAUCCGCUAUUGGUUGGUCUCAAGCUGUCAUAUUCUCUAUAUGUUCUCCUAACGUACAUUAUGAUAUCAGAAGGCAUGCUUCUCAUCUACUUUCCCAACUAUAUGUCCGCUUUCCUGCCAAUUUAUCCAAGAUAAUCACAUCUGGUUUGUGGAGAUGGUUACAAUCUAUCGAGGUUGGAGAAAGAGACAGCGCUCCAUUGUUGGCAAAGACGGGAAAUGAGAAUCUGCAUCUAGUACUGAAAGCGAUUUGCUUGACACCAGCAGAAAUCACACGUCGGGGUGGUGUUGUGGAUCAGGCAGUAGCCAAGGGCCAGAUGGUUUCGCUGUUGGUUAUCUGUCGAUCAGAACUACUACCAAGAGUUACCUGGAUCGAGCUGUGCCUGAAAGCCGAGGUUGAUCCUGGCAACCUUGCUAGGGAAAACGGGGAUGCCUUGUUGAAGCAGAUUCUCGAUUUUACAAGCAUUCAAGAUCUGGGCGCCGUCCCACGGUCCAAGGUUGUCAAAGAUGCUGCAUAUGAUGCCGCUGCCGAGCUCGCUUUUGUUGCUCCCGAUGUUAUGACGCCACGAAUUGUUGAGCUCAUAGAGCAGGACCUUGAUGCUACUCAACUCGCCAAUGUUGGCCCAACAGAGGCGGCAAUCUUCCGUACUCCCGAAGGAACUGCCUUCGUAGAUGUGUUGGCCUCCAAAGCUCAAAGUCACACUCCGAACAAAAACACAAAAGAUUACAAUACAUUAAAAUGGGAAGAAGAGCUGCGAGCCUCGCUGGCAAAGAAGAACUGUCAGCAGAAAAAGCUCACUCCGGAAGAAACAGCCAAAGUCAAGGCUCAAAUAUUCAAAGAAUCAGAGAUCAGACUCCAAAUUCGUAAACUAGAGUCAAAGCUCUUACGUGGAGUUGGAAUCAUCAAAAGCCUUGCAACUGGACCCCCGACAGAAGCUUCUCUGUGGAUGGGAGCAGCUGUGAGAGCUUUAGUGAAAGUGAUCAAUGCUGGCGCUGGACUGAUUACAGCUACAGCUGCCCCAGAUGCUUACAUCCUUUGUGCCAAAAGAGUUUCUAGUCGCAUAGGUAUACUCCGUUCCUUCGUUGGAUUGGCAACACUUAGAGCUAUGAAUGUUCCACAGUUGUCACCACCCUUGACGCAAGAACCACUUGGGGCUCUUAUCACACGUGUACUGUACCGCCUAAGAUUUUCCGCAGAACAACGCCCAUUCGAUACAGUCUCUCUCAUCUAUAUUCUCCCUCUUGUCUUCUCCGUGCUUCGGGAUGGUGGGUUUGGAGAUAGCGAUGAUGCGGACGCCCAGCUGGUUCUCGCCCUUGAAUUCCUUUCCUUCCACACUGAUGCCUGUUCCGACGUUUUGGUCCCACGAGACGAAGUUCUCUCUACAUUGAUAUCAUCUAUGCAAACAUACAACCAGCAUUACAAAGCAAUCAAAGAUUGCUUGGCGGAUCUAUGCAGAUGUAUCGCACCGAGCAUUACUGAGAAUGAGAUCGCCAUCCUUGCUCAAGGAGCCAUCGUUCCACAAGUCGCUGUACGAACCUCAGUAUUGCAGUCAAUAAGUGCAGAGAUCGAUAUGAGUGAGCUCGACUUUUCGAACGAGAUGUGGUUAGCCUGCCAUGAUGAUGUAGAAGAGAAUGCCGAGCUUGGGCGGGAGAUCUGGGAGGAAAGCGAAUUCAAAAUAUCAAAUGAAUCACCAUUCCGGAUGUUGCCAUAUCUUGAAAGUAUGGAUAAGCAACUUCGACGAGCCGCAGCUAAAUCAAUUGCGGAAGCUGUGAAGAUCCAACCUUCAACAUUCAAGGAUGUUCUAAGCCGUCUGCAAUCCUCCUAUCAAGAAUUCGCAAAGCCCAGAGUCCCCCAGCUUGAUGAGUAUGGUAUGCCAAGGAAAAUGGAUCUGUCGGACCCAUGGGAAGCCCGAAAUGGAAUUGCACUUGCAUUCAGAGAACUAGCUUAUGUAUUCGACGAGUCACUUCUUACACCAUUCCUCAACUUUUUGAUCCAAGGUCCACUCGGCGAUAGAAACUCGAUUGUCAGAGAAGAAAUGGUAGAAUCUGCCACAGCAAUCAUAGCUAUUCAUGGCAACGACAAAGUGGAAGAAUUGAUGAAAACCUUUGAACACACACUCGAAACACCUGACAAAGGUUCUGAAUUCUCUGAUAGAGUUAAUGAGGCUGUCAUAAUUAUGUACGGUGCCUUGGCACGACAUCUGAAAGCUGGCGAUGAGCGUGUGCCGAAGGUGGUAGACAGACUUCUGGAGACAUUAAGUACCCCAUCCGAGACGGUCCAGUAUGCCGUGGCUGAGUGCUUACCACCACUCGUUCGUGCGUCUAAGGAGCAUACUUCGGAUUACAUACAGUUAGUGCUCGACAGGUUGUUCAAUUCUAAGAAAUAUGCCGGUCGACGUGGUGCAGCAUAUGGUCUUGCAGGUCUCGUCAAUGGAAAAGGAAUCUCCGCUUUACGAGAGUACAGAAUCAUGCUUACACUGAAAGGUGCGAUUGACAAUAAGAAAGAUGUUAAUCACCGAGAAGGAGCACUAUUGGCUUUUGAACUUCUGUCCAUGAUUCUUGGCCGCAUCUUCGAGCCUUACGUCAUACAAAUAGUGCCUCAGCUGCUCUCAAGCUUCGGCGAUUCAAGCGCAGAUGUCCGUGAAGGCUGUCUGGCGGCAGCAAAGGUGUGCUUUGCAAGCUUAAGCUCGUAUGGAGUGAAACAGAUUUUACCAACUCUACUUGAUGGUCUUGAUGAUGACCAAUGGCGAAGCAAAAAAGGAGCUUGUGAUCUCCUAGGUGCAAUGGCAUAUCUUGAUCCACAGCAGCUCGCCCAGAGUCUUCCAGAGAUCAUUCCACCUCUCACUGGUGUAUUGAACGACAGUCAUAAAGAAGUCCGUCUUGCUGCUAACCGCAGUUUGAAGCGCUUUGGAGAAGUUAUCAACAAUCCUGAGAUCAAGGGUCUCGUGGAUGUCCUCCUCAAAGCUCUCAGUGAUCCAACCAAGUACACGGAUAAUGCAUUGGACUCACUUAUCAAGGUGUCUUUCGUUCAUUAUCUCGACUCUCCUUCCCUUGCCCUUGUUGUUCGUAUUCUUGAACGAGGUUUGGGCGACAGGUCGGCAACCAAACGAAAGUCUGCACAAGUCAUUGGUAGUCUUGCUCAUUUGACGGAGAGAAAGGACCUCAUAUCACAUCUGCCAAUUUUGGUUGCUGGUCUGAAGAUUGCGAUUGUUGAUCCCGUGCCAACUACUCGUGCAACUGCAUCCAAAGCUCUGGGUUCUCUCAUCGAGAAAUUGGGAGAAGACGCUCUUCCAGAUCUUAUUCCAGGUCUCAUGCAAACACUUAAGUCAGAUACUGGCGCCGGCGAUCGACUCGGAUCUGCACAAGCACUUAGUGAAGUCCUUGCUGGACUGGGUACAGGCCGCCUUGAAGAGACCCUUCCCACAAUUCUCCAGAAUGUUGCUUCAUCUAAAGCUUCCGUUCGUGAGGGUUUCAUGUCGCUCUUUAUUUUCUUGCCUGUAUGUUUCGGAAACAGCUUCGCCAACUAUCUUGGCAAGAUUAUUCCACCUAUUCUCUCUGGAUUGGCAGACGAUGUUGAAUCGAUUCGUGAUACUUCUUUGAGAGCUGGUCGUCUGCUUGUCAAAAAUUUCGCCACUAGAGCCAUUGACCUCUUGCUGCCUGAGUUGGAGAGAGGUCUCGCAGACGAUAAUUAUAGAAUUCGUCUCAGUUCCGUCGAAUUGGUUGGUGACCUUUUGUUCAACCUCACCGGAAUCAGUGCGAACACAGAACAGGAUGAGGUCGAAGAAGGUGCGCAAGAAGCUGGCGCAUCCUUGCUGGAGGUACUUGGCGAGGAAAAGCGCAACAAGGUACUGUCAUCAUUGUACAUCUGCCGAUGUGACACUUCUGGCCUGGUUCGAACAGCAGCUGUCAAUGUUUGGAAAGCUCUUGUAGCGAGUCCCCGAACUCUCAAAGAGCUUAUUCCUACACUUACACAGCUCAUCAUUCGCCGAUUGGGAAGCUCCAACAUGGAGCAGAAGAUUAUUGCAGGUAAUGCACUUGGUGAACUGAUCCGCAAAGCAGGUGAUGGAGUUCUCUCAACCUUGUUGCCAACUUUGGAGAACGGCUUGCAAACUACUACGGACACAGAUGCCAAGCAAGGAAUAUGUAUUGCACUGCGUGAAUUGAUUUCUUCGGCAUCCCCAGAAGCGUUGGAAGAUCACGAAAAGACUUUGAUCUCGAUUGUCAGAGUUGCCUUGAUAGAUUCGGAUGAUGAAGUCCGAGAAGCGGCAGCUGAAGCUUUCGACUCUCUGCAGCAAAUUCUUGGCAAGAAGGCAGUCGACCAGGUCUUACCAUAUCUCUUGAGCUUGCUCCGCACCGAGAGCGAGGCUGACAAUGCCCUAUCUGCACUUCUGACCUUGUUAACCGAGACGACAAGAUCAAACGUCAUCCUUCCUAACCUUAUCCCAACUUUGACCACCUCGCCUAUAUCUUCAUUCAAUGCUAAGGCACUUGCCUCGCUUUCUACUGUUGCAGGGCCGGCUAUGGCAAGAAGACUCCCUACUAUAUUGAAUUCUUUGAUGGAUAACAUCAUUGCUUCCAAGGACGAUAAUCUCAAGUCGGAUCUGGAGUCAUCUUUUGACACGGUAGUCCAAUCCAUUGAUGAAUAUGAUGGUCUCAAUGUGACUAUGAAUGUCCUUCUUGCAUUGGUGAAGCACGAUGAUCAUCGCAGAAGAGCAAACGUGGAUUAUCGCCUCGCUAAAUUCUUUGCUGCAGCCACGGUUGACUACUCUCGCUACAACCAAGAUAUCGUACGGGCACUCCUUGUUUCUUUCGACGAUGGAGAUCCAGAAGUAGUUAAAGCUGCUUGGACGGCACUUUCAGAAUUCACGAAACACUUGAAAAAGGAAGAAAUGGAAGCACUUGUUUAUUCGACACGACAUACUUUACAGCAUAUCGGUGUACCUGGAUCCAACUUACCUGGUUUCGGACUACCCAAGGGCAUCAACGCAAUUCUACCCAUCUUCUUGCAAGGUCUUAUGAACGGUACUGCUGAGCAGCGAGUUCAAGCUGCUCUGGCUAUAUCCGACAUCGUUGACCGUACUAGUGGAGAUUCUUUGAAACCAUUUGUUACUCAGAUCACUGGACCGCUUAUUCGAGUCGUCUCUGAGAGAUCUGUUGAUGUUAAAGCCGCCAUUCUUUUGACAUUGAACAACUUAUUGGAGAAGAUUCCGACAUUCCUGAAACCUUUCCUUCCACAAUUGCAACGUACGUUUGCCAAGUCUUUGGCUGAUACUUCGAGCGAAAUUCUCAGAACUCGCGCUGCUAAAGCUUUGGGUACUUUAAUUACUUUGACUCCAAGAAUUGAUCCCUUGAUUGCCGAACUAGUUACAGGUUCUAGGACCUCGGACUCCGGAGUUAGGAACGCCAUGCUAAAGGCAUUGUAUGAAGUUGUUAGUAAAGCUGGUGCUAAUAUGGGAGAGGCUUCGCGCAGCGCAGUGCUUGGAUUAAUUGAUACCGAUGCAGAGGAUAACGAUGUGUCCAUGGCCAUAACUAACGCCAAGCUACUGGCAGCCUUGAUCAAGAAUAUUUCCCCCGAAAAUGCUUCAGGGCUGAUCAAGAAUCGCGUUAUAACAACCCACUUUACUCCAUCUACAGUUCUGGCUUUAAAUGCUGUUCUUGUUGAAGCACCAUCGUCACUGACAGAAACCGCCUUUGCUGAUGAUUUACCGGAAGUCAUCUGCCAAGGCAUGUCAACCAAAAAUGAUUUUAUAUCAGAGAACUGCAUCCUCGCCGCAGGGAAAUAUCUUCUUGCUGAGACAGCCAACCAUGAAUUCGAAACGACGAAGCCAAUUUUUGAAUCAUUAGCAAAGUUGAUUCAACCAGGAAACACUGCAGAUGCUCGUCGUCUGUCACUUGUCGUGAUUCGCACAAUUUGUCGCCAUCAGACCGACGCAGUUCGACCACAUCUACCUUUACUCGCCACGCCUGUAUUUGCAGGUGUCCGAGAUCCUAUCAUCCCCAUAAAGCUAGCAGCAGAAGCAGCGUUCCUUCAACUUUUCAAUGUCGUUGAAGAAGAAAGCAAGGUAUUUGAUAAAUACAUCGCAGCUCAAGAACUGCCACCGAACCAAAAGAGAAGCAUGCAGGAUUACUUUAAGAGGGUUGCGUUGAGAUUAGGCAACACGGCACGGGAGAGGAAAGAAGCUGAAGGUGGACAAGGUGGAUUGGGUCUUUCUAAUGAUGAGGUUGAUGAUGAAAACGAGAUCUCGAGUAUUGGAAAGUCACUAGUGGAAACCCUAGCGAGGAAAGUUUCCCCUCAACACCCAAUCUCUUACCAUAACGACAUCGACAAUCGACAAUCUCGACGACUACCACCGACGACCACGAAUUCAGUCAAGAUGGUCAAUCUCACAACCCAGAAGCGUCUGGCGGCUUCCGUCGUCGGCUGCGGAAAGCGCAAGAUCUGGCUCGACCCUAACGAGACCAGCGAAAUCUCCAACGCCAACUCCCGUCAAACCAUCCGCAAACUCGUUUCCGAUGGCCUCAUCAUCCGCAAGCCAGUCACCAUGCACUCCCGCGCACGCGCUCGUGAACUCACCGCUGCACGAAGAAUUGGUAGACACCGUGGUUUCGGUAAGAGAAAGGGUACUGCAGAUGCUCGUAUGCCAAGUCAAGUUGUCUGGAUGCGCCGUCUUAGAGUCCUCAGACGUCUCUUAGUCAAGUACCGUGCCAGCGGCAAGAUCGACAAACAUCUUUACCACGAACUUUACCUCCUGAGCAAGGGUAACACCUUCAAGCACAAGCGUGCAUUGGUCGAACACAUCCACAGAGCUAAGGCUGAGAAGGCCCGUGAGAACCUCUUGAAGGAGGAGAUGGACGCCAAGCGUGCGAAGACCAAGGCUGCCCGCGAGAGAAAGGUAGAGAGAACCCAAGCCAAGAAGGCUGCCCAGUUCGGCGAGGAAGAGGAGACCGAGACAAAGUAA